GUUGGAAGAAGACAGCCCAAAAAGAGAAAUAACAAAAAAAGCUAAGGACCUUAUAAAGUCGUCCACGAAUGACAUUAAACAGGUGGAGAAACUCUGGAGAUUUAUUAGCAAAAUUCCUCUCCAGGAAAUUACAAACACAACACCCACUUCAAGUGAAGUAAUUCCAAGCUCAAAAAAACGAAAAACCAUGCCACUAGCUGAAUGUUUAACGAAUUAUUAUCGAUUUAUGUACGAAUGGUGUGCCGAAUACUCGGUUUCUAGGUCCGAAGUUUACAAGGAAGUGGAAUUUGAAGCGGCAAAGGAGAGUGAACUCCUCCAUCAACCUAUCAAGACAUUGAAACUGCCCUCAUUAGUUGAAGAUUAUAUCGAAAGUGAACCAAGGCCAACUAACAAAGCGACGGAAGAAAACGUCCAGUCCUGGUUCAAUGGGUUGAUGGAGGCUUCAAGUACGGAGUGGAGGACUGCGGUUGCUGUUGACACGCACCUAAAUGCUUAUUUAGGUGGGUAUAUGCCCGAUAUAAGUAUUUUUGAUUGUGAGGACUCUGAGGAUGGUGCCUUUAUCGCUACGUAUGCUCGAACCACACUAGAGAUAAAGAAACAGAAGAAAGUGUCAGGUCUAACUGAUGAGGACAAAGGCCAAUUACUUGAUUAUAUUUAUAUUUUAGUCAAGGAACAGCCGUCACGUCAAUUAUUCUCUGCAUUUCUUUCUGAUGGAGUGUUUUUUUAUGUGGUAACUUAUAACAGAGAAAAUCAUAUUUACAAGGAGCUGAAUUUGUCUUUUAAAAAAGGCAUAAUUCUCUUCUGUUGUUGUGACGAACAAUAUUGUAUGUACACAAAUACCAGAAAAAAUGAAGGUGUCACCUAUUCUAUAUUUAAUCUGAUAAAUAGUGCUAUGUUGUUCGAUCAAGAUAUUUCUAUUCGACUAUCAUUGCUAACUCGAGAUUAUUUUUAUAAUAUUGUUGCAAAGGAUCUACGCUGCGUUCCGGUGGCAAAAUGUAAGGAUAUUCUACCUCUAAAUCACGAGACAGAUUUAGUGACCUGGUGA